ACAAAACAACUUGUGGGCUGUCUGUAGAUCCCAUAUAUGUGAAAUAGUAAACACGAUGGAGAAAGCAGGUGAGACACUACCACCGCCACCAGUGCAAAAUCCAUUUGCCGGAAUGAAGAUCUUGGACGCGGAAUUUCUAAAGGACGUUCCGGGUAGGAGUGCCUGUACAGUAUGUGGAAAAUCUAGAAAGUUCUUCUGUUACCAUUGUUACGUUCCGGUAGCCGAUUUACAGGACAAAAUACCAUUCGUUCAGCUUCCAAUUCAGAUUGAUAUUAUCAAACACAAGAACGAGAUUGAAGGAAAAAGUACAGCCGCACACGCGGCUGUUUUGGCCCCCGGCAAAGUCAAAAUCUACACAUACCCUGACAUACCGGACUACCGCCAGGAGGAUGGAGUCGUAUUAAUCUUUCCCACUCCAAGCGCUAUGACAGUGGCAAGCUUGUUCAGUGGAGAACCCCUGAAAGUGAAGGACAAUUAUGGCUUGCCAAAGGGACACCAUAUGGGUACGCUAUUGCGAUGUCGAUUGAAUGAUAUUGUUGUUGAGUCCAACAGCGAGUCAAAAAAUCGGGAGCUGCUGCUCCGGUUUCCUGUCCGAAAAGCAGUAUUUAUCGACAGCACGUGGAGUCAGUGCAGAGGCAUUUAUAAGGACGAGCGAGUUAGCUGUUUGAGAACAGUAGUUAUUCAGAAUCGGAUCUCACAAUUCUGGAGACACCAGAAAAAUAGCCCCCGAUGGUUUCUAGCGACAGUCGAGGCCAUUCAUCAGUUUAUGAUAGAACUUCAUAUAACUGCAUAUGGACUGGACUCGCGGUACGAAGGACUCAAACAUUUAGGCUAUUUGAAUUUGCCCCAAGACAAAAUUGUCCAUUUAGACGGUGAAGAACAAACGAAAUCUGAACCAAAACCAUACAAUGGCCAAUAUGAUAAUUUGCUGUUCUUCUUUCUACAUAUGUACAAUUUAAUUCAUGAAUAUUAUGAACAUCAUACGCUCAGAGCGUAUCGUAGACCAUUGUUCCUGGAGGACAAAUACCAGAAACAGUUGCAGAACAAUUCACCUCAGUGAACUAAAUUAACAAUUAAAUUCGUAAUAAACAUUCUGUUUUUACGCCUCUAUUUAUUGUUUUAG